AUGUCUCCACGGUGGUGCGAUCUAGUCCCCGGAAUAAAGAGACCCAGAAAACGGGGACGCAACAAGUUCAAGAUCCGUGUUCUUCCGCAAAGGCGGACGGAAUUGGUUGGUUUUAUUGCAGAUCUACUUCGGGGUACGGUUGAUUGGGAACGGCUGAGCAAUUCUCAUGAAAGGCCAUCUGAAGGGUUAUCUAAUACUGUUCUCCUCCACCAAUCCGAUGUAUUGCGUGUUGAGAAGGAUGCUAAGUUGUCCGUCAACUUCACAGUUACUCCAAAUGAAGACAUUGUCGAAGAUGACUACUCAUGGGACAACGAAAUUACAGACCCAAGUGUUAGACUUGAUUUUGGAGUUAAUACAGAGGAACCACCUGUGGAAGCCUUCGGAUUGGUCGGUUGUAGAUACAUCUCCCAGCUGUGGAGAGGAAACAAAGCAUGUUCUUCAAGGUCAGACCACGAACACCACUAA